AUGGUCAUCUCAAAAGCAACGCCUACCUGCAACCUUCUCAUCUUGAUCUUCCACACAACACAACGACCAUCCACAUCAGGCCCGCUGCAAGAUAACAGCGACUUGGACACCCAUACGACAAGCACCACGGCCACUCUUGCGAAGUUGACAGCAUUACUGAUGAUCGCACGCAUCCAAUGCGCACCUCUCGAGCAUCAGACCACCGACGCAAUCUCAACAUGUGGCCCGCAAUGGAUGCCAGCAUCCGAGAUCUCCAUCGGCAACGGCACCGAUAUCCGUCCUGGAUAUGACAGCGCUGUUCAGAGGUUCUGCGACGCGGCGGACGGACAUACCGUCAUGCCUGACGAACAUCUUUCUAUGGCCACAGAAGUGUACUUGAACGGCGGUAAAGAUGCCUCGAUUUACGGUGUUCAAGGCUUCGCUUACUUCGAAAUUCUUAACAAGGACCAGGCAAGUCCAGGUCACGAGGUAACAGCCGAGAAGUGUUCAAAAUACUUCCUAGCACUCUCAGCAGAAGGCGGAAAGUGCUCAGGCUCCAUCAAUCACGACACCAAAGGUGGAACUUUCGAAGUCGGCAACGAAGAGCAAUCGUACACCGCACUUGGCGGCGAAGUACCACCCGAAGAGCCCGCGGUGAAUAGGAUCUUCAUUGGCACGCUGACUCCCCAGACACCCAACAAAGGCUCUGGGCCUUCACUCGAUCCAUGGCCCUUAGACUCUUUGAAUGACAUCAAACCAACACGAUGCCACAGUCACAACGACUACGACCGCAGCAUACCUCUCUUCCUGGCAAUGAGUGCCGGCUGCAUCUCAUUCGAAGCAGAUGUCCACCUUCUUGAAGGCGACGCGAUCAUUGGCCACGACAGUCCUCAGGCAGGAAGAUCGCUGUCCGCACAGUACAUCCACCCACUGCGAGCAAUCCUCGAUCACAAUAACGACGACAAGCCGGGCACCAUCAUGCUGUACCCUGCUCGGCCUGGCCAGAGCGUUACGCUGGUGGUCGAUUUCAAGUCAUCCGAACCGGAAUUGUUUGGCGUAGUUCUGGAAGCUUUGCAGCCACUACGCGAUGGUGCAUAUCUCAGCACCUCUAAGUCUGGCGAAUUCGUCCAGAAGCAUGUGACAAUUGUGCUCGGCGGGUCAGCUCCAUUCGAUCGUAUCGACUCAGAUGAUGACAAUCCAAACCGAGAUGUCUUCUAUGGCGCACCUUCGGACCACUGGGACUCCAAAUACACGAGCCUGAACUCGUUCUACGCCUCGCAGGACUGGACAACAGUGGAAGGGUUCGAUUGGCUUGGCGCUGCGAUGAAUGGCGGCGACAAUCCCGUCAGCAAGCAGGCAAAGGUGGUUCACGAUGCGGGGCUGAGAUUGACGUACUGUAGGUCGAUGUAA